AUGGCUUGGCCUCCCAGCUCCAGAGCUCAGCUGGGUGGAAUGCUUCUCGCCUUCUUCGGGUGGGUCUCUUCUUGCGUGACAACCAUCGUGCCUUUCUGGAAAAACUUGAACAUGGACUUGAAUGUGUUGGAAGUGUGGAACAUGGGCCUGUGGCACGCCUGCGUGAUCCAAGAGGAGGGUGCCACGGAGUGCAAAGCCUACGACUCGCUGCUGGCCUUGCCCAUCGUAUUUCGACUAGCGAGGAUUUUAAUGAUCGCCGCCAAUGGCCUGGGAUUUCUUGCGUUCUUCCUCUCUCUUUGGGGGAUGAACUGUCUGAAGACAAGCGACAAGAACACAGAACUGAAGAGGCAGCUCGGGGUGGCCGGGGGAAUUUUAUUCUGCCUCUCUGGAAUCGUCACCCUGGUGCCAGUCUCCUGGGUUGCCUACAACACUGUGCAGGAAUUCUGGGAUGAGACGGUGCCCGAGAUUGUUCCAAGGUGGGAAUUUGGGGACGCUUUGUUCUUGGGCUGGUUUGCUGGCUUUUUCCUUCUGGUCGGUGGGCUCCUUUUCAUCUGCUCCACCUGUCGGCAGGAGACUCAAGAGCCAUCCCACGUGCUGCCCACCUACCCUCGGCGAGAGGCACCAAAUCAACCCAGGCUGCCAGAUCGGCAUCAAUACACUGCAACCAAAAACGCCGACCUUGUCAUCUGAGCUCUA